UACAAUGAAGGUUCUAGCAUUGUUAGCAGUUGUGUUAACAGCCGUUUUGGCUGAACAAGUAAAUUAUGAUGGGUAUAAGGUGUACAAAGUCACACCACGGUCCCAAGAUCAAGCGGACUUUUUGAAAAGUCUUGAAGAUAGUGGUGAAUUUGAUUUUUGGGAUCAUACCAGAUUGUUGGAAUACCCCGUUAGUAUUAUGGUAAAACCCGCACUUCAAGCUUCCUUUGAAAAUGUAUUAAAUUUGAAAUAUAUGCAUUACUCAAUUCUCAUCGACGAUGUUGAACGCGUUUUCAAAUUUGAACGUGAGGCUCAAUUACGUGCGCCGAAAGUUGAAAAAGGAAGAAUUAGUUUUACUGAAUACCACAGAUAUGGUGUCAUUCAAGCUUACUUGGAAAAUCUCGCCGAACAAUACCCAGACAAUGUCGAAGUUGGCACUUUUGGUACAUCAUCCGAAGGACGUUCUAUGAGUUACAUUAAAAUUGGAAAUAAUCCCGGAAAUCCUACUAUUGUCAUGGAUGCUGGUAUUCAUGCUCGUGAAUGGAUCUCUCCUGCAACAGCACUUUACAUUAUCGAACAACUAGUAGAAAACCAAGAUUAUGCAUAUUUAAGUGAAAAUAUCAAUUGGUUAAUUGUACCCGUUUUGAAUCCUGAUGGUUACGAAUAUACCCACACUAAUGAUCGUAUGUGGAGAAAAACCCGUAGCCGUGGAAGUACAUGUUACGGAGUUGACGGCAAUCGGAACUUUGGCUUUCAGUUUGGAGGUCUUGGAACAAGUAGCAACGAAUGUUCUGAAACUUAUCGUGGAAAAAAUGCAUUCUCAGAACCGGAAACUGCCGCAUAUAGCGAAUUGGUUAAAACAUUAAAUGAUGUUCCUUUAUACAUCGCACUUCACAGCUACGGUAGUUGGGUACUAUUCCCAUGGGGAUACGACUAUGUUUACGCUGAUGACAACGAUGAACUUCAAGCUGUUGGAGAUCGCAUUGCUAACGCUAUUUAUAAUGUCGGUGGUACCAGAUAUACUGUAGGAAAUGCAGCUUAUUUGUUGUAUCCAGCUGCUGGAGCUUCAGAUGAUUGGAUGAAAUCAACUAUUGCUCCAUUGAGUUUUACUUUAGAAUUACCCGGUGGUGGAAGCCAAGGAUUUGAUUUGCCCGCGUCACAAAUUUCUAGUGUUGUUAAAGAAACUUGGCAGGGUAUUUUAGCUGCUUACUCGUACGUUUCCAAGAAAUACUAAAUACAAUUUUGUUUUGAGAUGAUUUAAAAUAAAAUACACAUUAAAUAAGUUUUA